GUAGUCAUUAUGGCGGGUUCAGAGAAAGAAAGCGUUCUUCCCUUGUCGAGGAUUAAGACGAUUAUGAAAAGCUCACCGGACGUAUCAAGCAUAAGUCAAGAGGCAUUGUUUAUGACAGGAAAAGCCACGGAAAUGUUUGUACAGAAUUUGGCCAGGAUAUCAUUGGUGGAGAGCAAGGAUAAAAAUAAUGUUUUGUACAAAGAUUUAGCCGAGGUGGUGAACUCGGAUGACACUCUACAGUUUUUACAAGACAUAAUCCCGAAGAAAAUCUUGGCAAGAGAAUAUUUCGAGAAGUUGUCAAAACUGAGUGACGAGGAGACAUGAUAUAAACAUUCAGUCAUCAUGAAACUGUUUCAAGAAGAAGAGAGAAAAAUGGUCAUGUCUUCUUCAUUGAUGACUACAACUUUCAGAAAGGAUGGUUGAUCAGGAAAGGGGCACAACUCAUGCAGACGUCCCUGUGUAGACUUCUUGUAGAUAUCUCUAGAACUGCGUAUAUGUGGAUAGAUCUGUCAUUACCUUUUCAAAAUAAUGAUGCUCAUUGGAAGUGUUUCAUCUCAAAUCAUUCAUCAUAUUUACAUUAAAAUCAAAUGGCUCAUCAUUUUAUCAAACAAAAUUAAAAGUUUUGUCACGUGCUUGUAAUUUUUU